AGAGGCAAAACGUAAAAAACUGGAAGUGAAAGAAAAAAAAAAACCAAUGAUAUGACACAACACGGAUAAGAAAGAAACUUUUGGUGGCAGAUACCAAGCCGUGCGUUCGUCUACAAGACUUCUAGAAGUUCUCCAACAAAAAUCUAUUUUUGUUCGUGAACGACACAAAAAGACAAAGGUAGAAACCUGUCGACGAGAUUUUUUGAGCAAACUUUUUCGGGUGAAACAUCUUUCUACUAAAAUACAUCCUCCCAUCUUUUUGCGACUUCUGUCUGGCGCAUCGCAUCGCAUCGCCUUGCCUCCAAACUUCAUCCCAUCAUUCGUCGUCUUUAUCUCCAGAGCCGACAACGACCUCUCACUCUCUCUCUCUCUAUCCAAAGCAUCUCCAACAAAACGACACACAGACUCUGCGACUUCAGACAUCUGGGGCCCCCUCAUCAUCCUCACGCUCUCACACACCCCACACACACACACACAUAUUCACGACACGCAUAUCCCGCCCACGAUGUGCAAGGACAACCUCCACGACUUCCUGGUCGAUCUCCCAAAGUGCGAGCACCACAUUCACAUCGAGGGCUCCCUGGGGCCCGAGCUGCUGUUCCACCUGGCCGCACAGAACAACAUCACUCUGCCCGUCGACAAGGAUCCCGCCUUCGCCAGCGUCGAGGCCCUGUACGAGCGGUACCGCAACUUUUCCUCGCUCGACGACUUCUUGCACUACUACUUUAUCGGAUUCUCCGUGCUCCUGACCGUCACCGAUUUCGAGGAGCUGGGCUAUGCCUAUCUCAAGAAGGCGCACUCGCAGAACGUGCGUCACGCGGAGGUGUUUUUCGAUCCGCAGGCGCACACGUGCCGUGGCGUCGCGUACGAGACCGUCAUUGAGGGCUUGAGGCGCGCAAAGGAGCGUGCGCAGCGGGAUUUUGAGGGGUUGACGGUUGAGUAUAUCGUCUGCUUCUUGCGGCACUGCGCCGUCGAGGACGGGCUGCGCAUGUUCACGGAGGCCAGGGACGCGGGCCACUUUGCCGACGGCACGAUUGCGGGCGUGGGCAUGUCGAGCAGCGAGGCGCCGUACCCGCCCAAGAUGUGGACGUCCAUCUACGACGCCGUGCGGGCGGCGGGCGUGCGGGCCACGGCGCACGCGGGCGAGGAGGCGCCGGCCGAGUGCGUCGUGCAGGCGCUCGACGACUGCGGCGUCACGCGCAUCGAUCACGGGCGGCGGUCGGCGGAGAGCCCCGAGUUGCUGGCGCGGUUGGCGCGCGAUAAGACGCUGCUGAGUCUGUGUCCGAUUUCGAAUGUGGUGUUGAGGGGCGUGAAGGAGAUGAAGGAGAUGCCGAUUCGGGAGUUUUUGGACAAGGGGGUGCGGUUCAGCAUCAACAGCGACGAUCCUGCGUAUUUUGGGGGGUAUAUUCUGGAGAAUUACUGCGCUGUGCAGGAGGCGUUUGGGUUGAGCAUCGAGGAGUGGAAGGGGAUUGCGGUGGGCAGUGUCGAGGGGAGCUGGUGCUCUGAGGAGAGGAAGGAGGUUUUGAAGGGGGAGAUUGAGGUUGUUGUGAAGAAGUAUGCUGGUAAGGCUUAA